GCAGCAGCGUGAGCGGACAUUCGGUGCAGGAAUGAAGAAGUAUUUACGUUGGAGACUUUGGUGGGAGUAAAGCGAAAGUAACCUUGAGAUACAGCUUCUGUUACAGGCUGGCGUACAAGUCAGUGAUUUCGGCCAUCAUCAUGGCUAGAAGUACCAUGAAGAAGUCUCUCUUACAUAUCAGAGCUAAGGAAGAUGCCAAAAAAGCUCGUGCAGCGGCUCCGGUUGAUUAGCUGAAACUCGUUUGGGAGAAGAGGAGAGGUUUGGGGAUACACCUCACAUCUUGUAGCCUAAUCACAGGAAAAAUUGGUGUCACAACCAGCGGAUCCAUGAAUGAUGCUUUGAAACCAGAUACAAUCAAAAUCAUCUCUUUUUGAUACAUCUGCGACGAUGCUUUCGCUCGGAUUUGCUUGUUGUGCGAGUUGGUCAGUGACACUUCCAACUAGUUUUUCCACUCCGAUAGAAGCGGCAUCAAAUCGUAAUCUUCUUGUCCGUCGAUGCAUCUUUGGAGCAUGUAUCGGGCAGUUGCUUCGGGGUCAACUGAGUCGUGCAGGAAGGAUUCCAGGAGUUGAUCAUCAGGAUGUUGGAGGCGGGAGCUGCGGACUACAGCAAAAGUCUGUUCACGUCUACUUUGACUUUCUGCCAUUGCCAAGGACCUCAGUUGGUAAUCGAAGGAUGAUGGUGAAAUCGUGAAGACGAGCGGGAGUGUUGGUUGAUGUCGCGCACCCGACAGCCAUUAUAUAACACUGCUGCCUAGUGAAGUAUUACAAUCUCAUGAUACCUGCCCAAGUCUUUCUACCCACUGACUCAAAGUUAUCUUAUACCUAAUCACAUCAUUUCGAAGUGACAACAUUUUAGAGCGCUUGCUCCUAACAUCAACACAGUCUGGGAGGUAACUAUGUCGCUGAACGGGAAUCUAGAGAGCUCCUCGAUAUACAUUGCCAUGAAGAGCCGGCCUUCUCCAAGAGAAUAUGUACGUCAAGUCUCUUCUUCUCGGUAAUUAUUUUACUGCCUAAGUUGACUUCAAUAGCACUGGGGACUAAUUGUCACUGAUGACAUUGGGCGGCCCGUUCUUCAUCACGCGACGAACCUUACAGGGCCUUGGAAAUACGAGGAGAGGCAGAACGAAUCGGCUAUUGACCCA